UCCUGCCCCCCCAUUGGCCCGCGGGGGGCCGCCGGAGGGGCUCUCGCGUGCAUGGAAACAAAAGUCGACGAGGACGAACACCUGCGCGGGUCCUUGUACUUUUCCCCGCAAACCAUGACGAGCACGGAUUCGGGCAGAGUGAAAAAUGAGGAGGAGUUUGUGGACGUGUUGGAGGAGCUGAUGCACAGCGGAGAUCUUGGCCAUGCCCUCAGGACCUUCAGCCCCAGCCCUUACAAUGGAGGUCCGCCCUGCUCCGCGGCCGACCUCCCCAAAGCCGUGCUGGAGUCCCAGUAUCUCCGCUACGUGGUCCAGGAGAUCGCCACGGAGAAGGCGUUGUCGCUGGAGGAGGUGAGGGAGGAGGCCUCUGUGAUUUUGGAGGAAAUGUCUCAGAAGCUGCAGAUGGGGUUUAUCAGGCUGAUGGCCUACAUGCUGUCCAAGGUGUUGAAGAGAAUCCUCACCGGCAUCCAUGUCAACACGGAAGGACUGAAUGCGCUCAAACAAGCCGUUCAGGAGAGUCCCGUGAUCCUGCUGCCCAAUCACAGGAGCUAUUUGGACUUCCUGGUUAUCUCCUACGUCAUGUUCACCUACGACAUCCCAGUGCCUGUCAUUGCUGCAGGGAUGGCUCUCUCAAAGAUGAGGGUGGUCGGAGAGAUAAUCAGUCGCUCGGGAGCGUUCUUUAUCCGCCGUGCCAUCGGCUCAGACAAACUGUACUGGGCAGUGCUGUCAGAAUAUGUCAAAACUAUUGUCAGAAAAGGAUUCGCACCUGUGGAGUUCUACGUGGAAGGCCUGCGAAGUCGCACGCUCAAGUCGCUGAUGCCCAAACUUGGCAUGAUGCACAUGGUGCUGGAGCCCUUCUUUAAAGGUGAGGUGUAUGACGUCACGUUGGUCCCCGUCAGCCUCAGCUACGACCGGGUGCUGGAGGAGUUCCUGCUCGCCCAGGAGUUACUGGGUAUCCCCAAACCCAAGGAAAGCACCACGGGUCUACUGAAGGCCAGAAAGGUGCUCCAGGAAGAUUAUGGCAGCAUGCAUGUGAACUUUGGCCGUCCCAUGUCAGUCCGACAUUUGUGUCGGGGGAAGAUAAACCGCGGCCAGUACAACCUCGUACCCAGGGAUCUUCCUCAGAAGCCCAGUGGAGAGGUCCAGGCCUGCGUGAGCUGGCUGGCUCAUCUGAUGGUACGGAUGCAGGAGGAGGGCGCCCUGAUCAGCCCGUGGUCUCUGAUGGCCUCCCUGCUGCUGCAGGCUCCUGCCGCGGCGUUGACGGAGCACGGCCUGCCGUGGCACCAGCUGGCAGAAAGAACCCUGCGCCUCAGGAAGCUGGCGCUGGACUUCGGGGCUCACUUGAACUGGCCAGGAAAAGUCCCCGAGCAGGAAGUGAUGUCAUCCGCCGCAGCUCUCCAUCACUCCCUGGUUCGCCUUCAAGCGGGGCGGGUGCAUCUGGUUCAGGGGGAAGAGGACGAGAGGGAAGAUCCGAGGCGCCCGGAGGAGGACGUGACCAAGGCGGCCGUGCCGAUGCUGAUGUUGGCUUGUUACAGAAACCAGUGCCUGCAUGUUUUUGUGCGCCCCGCCCUGCUCGCGGUAGCCAUACACGUGACAAAGAGCGUGCAGAGAGACGAGCUCUUCGCCUUCUUUUGCUUCCUGCGGGACCUCUUCGCCAACGAAUUCAUCUCCAUCCCCGGGGAGUCGUCUCAGGACUUUGAGGAGGCGUGUGUCCUCCUGAGGACAUGUGGAGCAGUCCACACCAGUGAACAGGAAGUGACGGUGUCAGACGUGGGGCUGGAGGUGCUACCCUUCCUGCAGGACCUGCUACAGCCCUUCAUAGACUCCUAUCAGGUGAUGUUCAGGUACCUCUGUAAAGACGGCGUUCACGUGGUCUCAGAGAAACAGUUUGUACCUGCUGUGCGAAACCUGGCGACAAAGCUCAUCCUCUCAGGGGAGCUUCACACCCAUGAAGCGCUUUCGUCCGACAUGCAGAAGAACGUUUUCUCGGCCCUGCGGCGGCUGGAGACCCUGACACAGUUGAAGGCGUCUGAGCUGAAUGAAUACAGAGUGAACAAAGCAGCUGUCGGACAAAUCAGUGACAUUCUCUGUGGUAGAAUCCCUCCCCAGAGUCUCCAGACUACACCUGACGCAAAACUUUAGCCUCCGUUGGAACGGAUCCAUCUUCAGGUCCAGCUUACCCUCCGGUUUACCACCACCUGACCCUUCGCACUGCUCCUUCCCCCGGCGCCUUAACUCACCGCCGGGCCUUAAUCCGCCACUCUUAACGUUUGGUUAUCCGUUCGUCUGAUCCGCUGGCGAUGAGUAUUAACAUUCUGAACUAUAACUGUAUUUUAAUUAGUUGCAAUUAAGGCUGACAUUUGUAAAUGAUCACAAUGAACGAUUAAAACAGACUUGAAUGGUGACACAGUGAGUGCAACAAGAUCGUAAACGCUCUUUGAUUGUAUAAACUUUAAUGUGCCAAGAACAAAUCUUUGUUUAAGACAUUUAUUUUAACUUUGUUACACCUCAAUAAAUGUAAAACCAAUGUAACAAAA